AUGACGUGGCACUUCUUCUUAAAGAAACCGGUUUUUCCCUCCGGUUCAAAUUUCCCCCAAGCAGUUACUCGCCCUUAUCCUUUUUCCCUCUCUCUCUCUCUCUCCCGCCAAGUGGUUUGCUUUACAGCAAUGGCGGCGACUCUCAACCACCACCAUUUUUGUCUUGCUUCUUUGAAGCCCACCAACUCUACGAUCAUAGUAGCUCGGCGAGGCUCGCGCCGGCUUCGAGCCAACUCGGUCAGGUGCAGCGUCGGAGCCGCCGAGUCCCGCCAAAUCACGUUGAGGAACGGGAACGAUUCCUUGGAGAUUUGCCGAGUACUGAAUGGAAUGUGGCAGACCAGUGGAGGAUGGGGAAGAAUUGACCGGGACGACGCCGUUGAGGCUAUGCUUCGUUACGCCGACGCUGGCCUCUCCACCUUCGACAUGGCCGAUCACUAUGGACCAGCAGAAGACCUGUAUGGGAUAUUCAUUAAUCGGGUUCGUCGAGAGAGGCCACCUGAGUUCUUGGAAAAGGUUAGAGGUCUUACAAAGUGGGUGCCGCCGCCUGUUAAGAUGACAAGUAGUUAUGUGAAGGAAAACAUCAAUGUGUCACGGAAAAGAAUGGAUGUGACUUCCUUGGACAUGCUUCAAUUUCAUUGGUGGGAUUAUUCAAAUCGUGGUUACCUUGAUGCACUAAAGCACCUUACAGAUUUAAAAGAAGAAGGUAAAAUCAAGACCAUUGCAUUGACAAACUUCGAUACAGAGAGGUUACAGAUAAUCCUUGAGAAUGACAUUCCUGUUGUAAGCAAUCAGGUCCAACAUUCAAUUGUUGACAUGCGCCCUCAACAGAAAAUGGCAGAGCUUUGCCAGCUUACAGGAGUCAAACUAAUAACGUAUGGAACAGUACUGGGUGGUCUAUUAUCUGAAAAAUUCCUAGACACCAACUUAGCCAUUCCCUUUGCUGGACCUCCUCUUAAUACUCCUUCACUCCAAAAGUAUAAACGGAUGGUUGAUGCAUGGGGAGGAUGGAAACAGUUUCAGGUUCUACUUCAGACACUCAAAAGAAUAGCUUCUAAACAUGGAGUCUCAAUCCCAACUGUUGCUGUCAAAUACAUACUAGAUCAACCAGCUGUGGCCGGAUCAAUGGUUGGCGUAAGACUUGGAUUAUCAGAACACAUCCGAGACUCCAAGGCUGUAUUUUCACUUGCUCUUGAUGAGGAUGAUGUAAACAGCAUACAAGAAAUUUCAAGAAAGGGGAAAGAUCUGCUUAAAAUAAUUGGUGACUGUGGAGAUGAAUACAGGCGUGCUUAAAAUUCAUUAUGCUUGACAAAAAUGUUUUCUAUAUUUCUUGUUGUUUGUAUAUCCAUAGAAAAAUUUUAAUAGCUUC